UACUUACCUCUAUGGGCCCGCUUCCACAUCCAUAGUGGCGUCACUUCCGGGAUGCGCGGCGGCAGCUUUAGACCUGCGCGCCCCCCUUGGGCUGCGGUGCAUCUUGCUCAGCUGCUUCCUAUCCCUGGGCUCCGUCCUUGGGUCUUCUUAUGACGUGCAAUAAUGGCUGAAGCAGUUCCCAAUGCUUUGGAGAAGUGUAUAGUCAUUCACUCAAAGGUUCACAGGGAUACUAUUCUGGCAAACUUUGAAGAGCAGAGGAAAAAGGAUUUUUUGUGUGAUAUCACUUUAAUUGUAGAAAAUGUCCAUUUCAGAGCUCACAAAGCUUUACUUGCUGCCAGUAGUGAAUAUUUCUCAAUGAUGUUUGUUGAUGAGGGAGAGAUUGGCCAGUCAAUCUAUAUGCUGGAAGGGAUGGUGGCAGAUGCUUUUGGUGCCCUUUUGGAAUUUAUCUACACCGGCUGUCUGCAAGCUAGUGAAAAAAGUACAGAGCAAAUUUUGGCCACCGCUCAUCUCCUCAAAGUAAAUGACUUAGUAAAAGCGUACACAGACCAUCAGAAGAAUUGUAAUCCAAAUAAUGUGUUACCUGCCAUGCCUAACAGUGGAUCCACAGUCGUCGUCUUUGUGAAUGACAAGAAAAAUGAAGAUCCACCAAAGCGUAAACGUGGAAGACCAAGAAAAGUGAAGAACAUCCAGGAGGAAAAAGCAGGGACAUCUUCUGCUGAUGAUGCACAGCUAAAAGAGAACAACUCGGUUCACAAUGAGCAAAAUUUUAUGGAAAAAAAUACUGUAGUAGGAGACCGAGAUUCCAAGGAACGGAUUCCAGUAAACGGAGAAGCAAGAGAAACGGAGCACGCUUGUAGUUCAGAUGCUGUGAUCUCUCCCUCUACUGAAAAAGAUGAGAACUCUGAUCCUAAAUGCCAAAGUAUGCAGACCAGUCAAAGUCGUUACAGCAAGCGCAGGCUACGAAGGUCUAUCAAGCUAAGAGAUUAUAAACUGAUUGGUGAUGAUGAGGAGAGUGGGCUGAAAAAGAGGAGUGAUGGGAGAAGAAAGCGAACAGGUUCAGAAGUUCAGUGCAAAGAUUGUGGGAAACACUUUAAAUAUAACCAUUUUUUAGCUAUUCAUCGAAGGAGUCAUACAGGGGAGCGCCCAUUUAAGUGCAGUGAAUGUGGCAAGGGCUUUUCCCAGAAGCACUCUCUCCAGGUUCAUGAGCGAAUGCAUACUGGAGAACGGCCAUACAUUUGCACCGUCUGUAAUAAGGCUUUAACCACAAAACACUCCCUUCUGGAACACAUGAGCUUGCAUACAGGUAAGAAGGCUUUUACCUGUGAUCAGUGUGGGAAAUUCUUCAGCCAGAAGAGACAACUGAAGAGUCAUUACAGAGUUCACACAGGCCAUUUGUUACCAGAGUGUAGCCUGUGUCAUCGCAAAUUCAUGGAUGCAGCUCAAUUAAAGAAACAUUUAAGAACACAUACAGGUGAAAAACCAUUUACGUGUGAAAUCUGUGGCAAGUCUUUCACAGCAAAAAGCUCCCUUCAGACUCACAUCAGAAUCCACAGAGGAGAAAAGCCAUACACGUGUGGCAUAUGUGGGAAAUCCUUUUCUGAUUCCAGUGCCAAGAGGAGACACUGUAUCUUGCACACUGGCAAAAAACCCUUUUCUUGUUCGGAGUGCUGUGUGCAGUUUGCACGCUUAGACAACUUGAAGUCUCAUUUGAAGAUCCACAUCAAAGAGAAACAGUUACAGGAAGUGAGCAGAACUCCCAAUCCUGGCAGUGCAGAGGAAGACAAGAACAUUCUUCAGCUGCAGCAGUAUCAGCUGUCCACCUCGGGAGCACAAGAGAUCCAGCUGCUAGUUUCGGAUUCAGUGCACAACAUAAAUUUUGUGCCUAGCCAUAACCAAGGGAUUAGCAUUGUCACUGCUGACGCUUCCCAGAAUGUCAUGGCAGACCAGGCAGGUAGUCUUACCCUUCUCACGCAGCCACCACAACAGCUGCAGAACUUGCUGCUUUCAACCCAGCCAGAACCAACAGACCAGAUUCAGAGUCUCAAUCUCAUGAGCAACCAAAUCGAGUCCACUCAGGCUGAGCAGAUGCAUGUCAUCACACUCUCGAAAGAAGCCCUGGAACACCUCCAUGCCAAUCAGAAUCAAGCAGGAGUGCUUCAGAUAGCGACAGGGACGUCGCAUCCAACCCAGCCCAUGCAGGCGGCCCCAGAGCCUAGUCAGCCAUUUCGCCUCAGCCAAGACACAGGCCUGCCUCCUCCAAUUAGCAAAAGACAGACCCAAACUGUACAAGUCUCUGAAUCACCUCAGCCAUCUCUGACUGUAGACUAGAUGUCUGGUGAUCAUCUUAUUGCGGGGCAGAUGUAUUAUAGUGCAGGCUGAUCAGCUUCUCAGAUAUUUAUUUAGCAAGAGUGAAAUGAGCUCUUUCAUGUAGCCUGUGUGGUAUUUCAUCUAUUAUCUCUUUAACUUUGCAUUUUGGUAACACUGACGAAUAGCUUUAUUGUAGCUGGGGAAUUUUUUUUGUUUUGUUUUUGUUUUAACUUAAUAGGAUGGUUUCCUACCCAGCAUCCAUAUUUGUUUUACGUAAAUUACAAUAAAUAUUAAGGUAUUGUGGAUAUGAUCUAGUCCAGGGAUUCUCAAACUUGGGUCCUCAGGUGUUAUUGGACUUCAACUCCCAUAAUCCCCAGCCUCAGUGGCCUUUGGUUGGGGAUUAUGGGAGUUGAAGUCCAAUAACACCUGAGGACCCAAGUUUGAGAAUCACUGAUCUAGUCAAAGUUAAGUACUCCAACAUCACAUCGACUUCAGUGUGAGAGAUCUAGGCACAUGUUUAAUUCUCCCAUUGAAAUUGCCCUAUAUUUAAAAUGCUUAACUUUGGCUGGAUUAAGCCCUUUAUUUUUAGCCAACAGCAGAUAUCUUUAAUAAUUUUUCUCCUAUGUGCCUAGUUCAUGACAGCAUGGGCCAGUGAAAGCUCAGAUUAAUUCUGGAUUAUUAAAAAUAGGUUUGGAAUAUUCCUGUGUCAACUAAGGAUGUGCAAAACGUUUCCUAUAUCCACAGUUUUCCAUUCUGCCUCUCUGUAGUCAUGGAUACUCUUGGAAGUCUAUAAAGUGCCUCAGGUAUCAUUUGAGGGUUUUUUCCUCCCUGAAAAAGAAAUUGCGCAUUAUAGGCUAGCACAUGCAUAUUGCCAUUUCAUAUAAGCAAAUGAAAUGUUGCUGGCUGUGUUACCAUUUUCAUUCCACACUGAAAACUUGCCUAUUGACAUGCAAACACAUGCACACUCUGAAAAGGUGAGUAGAGUAAAGUUGCACCUUCAAGCAUAUGUGCACAGGGCCAACUACGGGUACAAAACUGGAUUUGGUGGGUUUUUUGUUUUACUUAUUUAUGCUGUACGUUUAUGCUUGCCCAUAUGCAUCCUGAUCUAGCUCUAGUUGUGGGUGGGUAUGCACAUUAAAAAAAAUCCAUACAUUGGAAGUAGUGCCAUGCUAAUACAAAUCCGCACUCGGAUAAACAUUCUGAUGCUCUUUCUGCUUCUGCCUUGGUUGUGCAAGAGUUUUUACGCCCAGCCACCAUUAUCUCUUUUCCUUUUGUAAAGUAAAUCUGAUGCACUUGGAUAUAAGGAAUGUUCAGUAUAAUUGUCAGCAACACUGGAACAAUAAUCCAUGCUGGACACUGACUGUUGUAGGUUACUGCAGGAUUUUGUAAUAAUCACAGUUAAUCAGAAGCUGCCUUAUACAAAUUCAGACCUUUUGGUCCAUCUAGCUGAGAAUUGUCUGCGCUGGCUGUCGGCACCUCUCCACCCGGAGAGGGAUGCCAGGGAUUGAACCUGAGAGCUUUUGCAUGCAAAGCAUGUGCUCUACCACUGUGCUACUAUUCCCUCCUCCAUCCUGAUUGGAUGCAGUGCUUGACUGUAGUAAUGGAAGGCAGUGGGAAUUUGUGCACAGGGGGAAGAAGGAGGGGUAUGAAAUGUGCAGUCUUGCAACCUCUUCCUCUUCACUACGGCUUAGAGAGUCAGCAUUAUUUUACAUCACGUCUGCAUUGGCUCGGUGUUACUACUCUCCAAUUCUCUGGAAACGCUCUUCUUUUAUUUUUAUUAUUUUGUAGUACUCUCAUCUGUUGACUGUUAUUCACUCCUUCAUAGAGCCCUACAUAUGCUGCGUACCUGGAGCAGCUUGACCAUUCACUUCAAUGGUUGGGGCUGUUUUAUGCAACUCUGCACAGAGCUGUCUCUUCUGUUGAAGUAAAUGGGGAUGCCUUGGGGGCUGGGUGGGAGGUGUGCGCGCGCGCGCACGCCCACCCCCGCACACUCCACAUCUCCUACAGCAAACUUUCAGGGCAACUUCUUACUCCUUAUGUGAACUCAAGCUAACAUACUGAAUGCAAAAGUGAUAGUGAAUGUGGCAAUUAGCUGUUUAGACUAGGAAUCUUGGGUUCAUUUAUUUUGCAACCACAGCCAAACCAUUUAAACUUUUGGUAGUGUAGCUUUUAAUCUGCAAAAUGGGAACAAACGCCACCACUGCAGAGUUUCUUGGUCAUCCUUGGAAGUGCAUGCUGGAAAUCAAUGCAAAGUGUUUUAACAGCGAUUUAAAUCACAAUCUUAUUUUGCCAUGAGAGAAAUACUAUUUUUAUUCUAAGUUAGAGUGGCUUCAUACAAUCUGCCUUAGCUGUUAAUAAAGAUCCUUCCAAAACACAAUAAAAGACUUGAGACGGGACAUCUUUCAACUCAUUUCCUGAAAACUGUUUUGUUUUUUGACUUGGGAUUUCGACUUGACAUAAAUAUAACAAAAUUACUAAAUUUCUUGUGGAGAAAAUUUAGAAUGGUGUUUAAAAAAUAAUAAUGGGGGGGGGGGGCUGGAAAUGAGACAUACAAUCUAGAAAUUCAGCCACUAGAAAUGAACCAUUGUCCCACUAAAUGGAAGACUUGUUAAGAAAUGUGAUGCAUUUGUCUGUUCUCACCUGUAAAAUUGUUUUUUCUGUUUUUAAAAACAAAAGCCAACAGGCAUAAAAGAUGUUCCACACUUUU